AUGUCGGCUAAAUGUGGAAGGAAAGCUAAGGUCGCACCCACUGUUGAACCUACUGAGCCUGAACCUAGUGCUAAUGCUACUGUCAACUUCACCUUGGAAGAUGUAGCGAACCUCAUCACUGACCGCAUGAAUGCGAUGAUGCCAAAUCUUGCUACUCAAGUUGCCCAAAUUCUAGAAAUUCCACUAACUGAAGGUACUAGAACUACCAGAGCCACUCAGAACAAGAGAACUCAAGAAGAACCUGAACAGAACCAAGAGGUGAACAAUGAUUCUAACGGUGCUAGUCAGAUCAACACUCGAGCUACUACUGAAGGCAGAGUUACCCGAAGCAGAGGGUGUAUGUUCAAGACCUUCACUCAGUGCAAACUCCCAGUCUACACGGGGGAGAAAGGUGCUGCAGAAUUGUUGAUGUGGUUUGAGAACAUGGAAGAAGCCCUAUACCACACUGAGAUUACUGAAGAUAAGAUGGUGGAGCACACGACCAACCAAUUUGACGGAGCUGCUAGGUCUUGGUGGACUGGCAUCGUCACCACUAUUGGCAGGAAGUCCGCUUAUGCUUACACCUGGGAAGAACUUCAGAAGAUGAUGAGAGCCGAAUUCUGUACUAAAGAUGCAUUGCAAGAACUAGAACAAGAGUUUUGGGAUCUGAAGAUGGAAGGUUUGGAGAUUGAGAAGUAUAUUCUGAGGUUUAAUGAACUUGCCCGUCUUGUACCACAUUUGGCGUCUACCGAAGAAAAGAAGAUCGAUCGUUUCAUUUGGGGCUUGAUUCCUGAGAUCCGCCAAGACCUCACCAGUAAAGGCCCUAAGACCAUGUCAAGAGCAACUGUGCUGGCUAAGACCUUGACCAAAGACAUAAUUAGAUCAGGAGGUUUGACUGAGAAUGUUGAGAAGGGGAAGAGGAAGGCUGAAGAAGUGGUGGAGAAGAAAGUUGAGCCCCCAAGUAAGAAAGGGAAGAUUUUGAAGAACUAUGCAGUGACCGAACAACCCACCGCCAGUCAACAGAAAUCCACCAGUGAGAAAUGCCAGACCUCCACUACCACCUGCUGCCCCAGUUCACAGGAACCAGAUCCAGAACGCCCAAGUUCAGAGUGCUGCCCCAGUCCAGAACUACCACCUGUACGCGGGCCAAUGAACCAGAACCAGCAGAACCAUCAGCAACAGCAAGGCCCAGCUAACGCCCGUGUUUUUGCUUUGAACGCUGAGGAAGCUCGUCAGAACCCUCGGGUUGUGACAGGUACUUUUCUUCUGAACGAUCAUUAUGCUUCCGUACUAUUUGACUCCGGUGCCGAACGUAGCUUUGUUGCAUUAGACUUUAAAGCUAAGACUGACAUGAAAACUGGCAAACUAAAUAAUAAAUAUUUGGUAGAGUACGCAAAUGGCCAAAAAUACGAUACUAACGAAAUUGCUCUAGAUUGUCCUUUGAUCUUAGUAGACAAGAACUUUACGAUUGAUCUAAUCCCUGUCGAGAUUAGUAGCUUUGAUAUUAUUGUGGGAAUGGAUUGGCUAUCCAAACACCACGCGACUAUUUGCUGCCACGAGAAAUCAGUUCAUAUACCACUCCAAAACGGCGAGAUCUUAAUUGUGCAAGGCGACAAGUCCACGAACGAACUUAAAAUCGUCACAGCCAUGAAAUUCCGUAAGUACUUGGACAAUAAAGAUCAUCUUGUGUACCUAGCUCAUGUCAUUGAUAAAAGUGCUAAAGAGUUGAAAGUUCAAGACAUCCCCAUUGUACGGGACUUUCCAGAUGUCUUUCCUGACGACUUACCAGGUAUUCCACCUGUUAGACAAGUUGAGUUCAAUAUUGAUCUAGUACCCGGUGCAGCACCAGUCGUUAAAGCACCGUAUCGUUUAGCUCCUCCUGAAAUGCAAGAACUGUCCAAUCAAUAA